UGUACGCACGCCAUGCUGAUGACGUCCCACUUGGCGUUCGCGUGCACUUGCUGACGGUCGGUGCUCGAUUUCAUACCCACUCACGUGUGCCGGUGUAUCGCUAGAAGUGAUGUCAACUGAUGCACAGAUCAGCAGCGUCAUCAAACGAUCACAAGCAAAUUCUGAUAAGUGUUCUGACAAUGGUACUACCGAAAGCAAGAAAGCCAAAAUGGAUGAAGCCGUAGUGUAUAAUGUUUCGUCGUGGAUUGAAGAAAACAAGAAAUUAUUUUUGCCUCCAGUGUGCAACAAACUUAUGCAUUCUAAAGGUCAACUAAAAGUGAUGUUUGUAGGUGGUCCAAACAGUCGUAAGGAUUACCACAUUGAAGAAGGUGAUGAGUUAUUUUAUCAAGUGAAAGGCGAUAUGUGUUUGAAGAUCAUGGAAAAGGGGGAACCAAAGGAUAUUAUCAUCAAAGAAGGCGAGAUUUUUUUGCUGCCAGCAAGAAUCCCACACUCACCGCAGAGGUUUGAGAAUACGGUGGGGCUUGUCAUUGAGAGAAUGAGGGAAGAUGGCAAAGAAGAUGACUGCCUCAGGUACUAUACGGAUGGGAACAAAGAAGUGCUGUGGGAGAAGUGGUUCUUCUGCUGGGACCUGGUCAUAGACUUGCCUCCAGUUAUUAAGGAGUAUCAGGCAUCUGAGCAGUAUAAAACUGGGAAACCUGUGGAAGGAUUUGUUAAAGACCCCAAGUUCCCUAUUGAUGUCACAACUGCUGUACAGCCACCAUUCCAAUUUGGGGACUGGUUAACAAAAAAUGAUGCGAGCAUCCAAUCAAGUGGGAACAAAUGGGUAUACGGAAAAGAUAUGCAGACAGGGGUGAUUGUAUUUGGAGAAGGAGAGAACAGUGACGAAAGCAACGCCUACGAGAGUUGGAUGUGGCAGAUGGAAGGAACAGCAACAAUCACAAUGGAUGGCAAGUCUGUGCAACUGAAAAAAGAUGAUUCCAUUCUCAUUCCAUUGAAUAUACGAUACAAAGCUGAGAGGCCAAAAGGAGCUGUCACAUUGCUAGUGUACAUGGACCCUACCGGAAAGACAUGCUAAUGAAGAAAGUCUGUCACACAUGUUUACCUACUAUUUUCUUGUGGGUAUUAUAGUUCUGGUGGUAUAUCAGACAAGCUAAUAAUGUUAAUUGGGGGAUAUGGAAUAUCAGUGAUUAGUGCUUAACAACUGAAUGUAUGUUUAGUGUUAUUUUCAAUUUUUUAUAUCUGAGACCAUUUGUUUGAUAAAAUGUCAAAAGUAUGGAAAGCUUACUUUAAAAUAUGUGUGUGAAGUAAAUAUUUUGUGUGGGAGUAAGUUAAUUAAAUAUAAAUCUUCUUGAUGAGAACUUUUUAAUUGAUGGUCAGCGGCUAAAUAUAACUAAUUAAAUGUAUUCACAGGUGAAAUAGUAACUAUUUACAAUGUAAUAUAUAUUUUUCUCCAUAUUAAUUAAUAUUUACAUUACAGUAAACUAUGUGAUAGUAGAACAUUUAUACUAUUAUACGGUGUUUUGGAGGUUCAAUAUUGACACAUAUUUAAUGUUAAUAAAUUCAUUCUAGCACA